AGCGCCGCGCACCCCUGGGACCGUUGCGCGCCCCGGGUCCCCAGCAUAACCCCGGGACCCCGCGCGCCCGCCGUCCCGGUACUACCCCGAGAACCCCACGCGCCCCUGGACCGCGACGCAGCUCCGGGACCUCCGCGCGCCCCGGCAACCCCGCGCGCUCUCACAACCCCGGGGCUCGGCCAACCCGGCUGCGCGUCCCGGCGAAAGGGCCCCGCCCCAGAGGAUCCCCCUCUUGCAACAGACGGAGCCCCGCCCCAGAGGGACCCCCAGGUCCGGCAGGGACACCCAGCCACGCCCCAGAGGGCUCCCGGCAUCCCGUGUCUGGAGCCCCGCGCUCCAGAGGAACCUCCGUGCCCAGCCGGGGGCUGCCCGCCCAGCUGAGGGGCGCCGCCCAGAAGGGUCCCCCGCGCCCCGCGGGCCCCGGCAGGAUGCACGCCGCCCUGGCGGGGCCGUUGCUCGCCGCCCUCCUCGCCACCGCCCGCGCCCGCCCGCAGCCCCCGGACGCAGGACAGUGCCGGCCGCCCGGAUCGCAGAGGGACCUGAACUCCUUCCUGUGGACUAUUCGGCGCGACCCCCCGGCCUACCUGUUUGGCACCAUCCACGUCCCCUACACCCGCGUCUGGGACUUCAUCCCGGACAACUCCAAGGCGGCCUUCCAGGCCAGCGCCCGCGUCUACUUUGAGCUGGACCUGACAGACCCCUACACCAUCUCGGCGCUGGCCAGCUGCCAGCUGCUGCCGCACGGGGAGAACCUGCAGGACGUGCUGCCCCGUGAACUCUACUGGCGCCUGAAGCGCCACCUGGACUACGUGAAGCUGAUGAUGCCAUCGUGGAUGACGCCCGCGCAGCGGGGCAAGGGGCUCUACGCCGACUAUCUGUUCAACGCCAUCGCGGGCAACUGGGAGCGCAAGAGGCCGGUGUGGGUGAUGCUCAUGGUGAACUCGCUUACAGAGACCGACGUGCGCUCCCGGGGCGUGCCUGUGCUGGACCUCUACCUGGCCCAGCGGGCCGAGAAGAUGAAGAAGAGCACCGGGGCCGUGGAGCGCGUGGAGGAGCAGUGUCAUCCGCUCAAUGGGCUCAACUUCUCCCAGGUGCUGUUUGCCCUGAACCAGACCCUGCUGCAGCACGAGAGUGUGCGGGCCGGGAGCUUGCAGGCACCCUACACCACCGAGGACCUCAUCAAGCACUACAACUGCGGGGACCUCAACGCCGUCAUCUUCAACCACGACACAUCCCAGGUCACUUUCUGGGGAACAACACAGUCAUCGACGUCCUUCGGCAGGCAGGGCUGGAGGUGGAGCACACGCCCGCGGGACAGACCAUCCGCAGCCCUGUUGCCCGGAGCCCGGCACCUCCACCCGAGGGGACCUCGGCGAGCCCCGCCCAAGCGACCCCAGCUGCUGCCAUCCCUGCGGUCCCCUCGGCAGCCCCCACUGCCCCGCCUGAGGAGGAGGACCCAGCCCUGUCCCCGCACCUCCUGCUCCCCGACAGCCUCAGCCAGCUGGAGGAGUUUGGGCGGCAGAAGAAAUGGCACAAGAGGCAGAACAAACACCAGCGGCCGCGGCAGUUCAAUGACCUCUGGGUCCGCAUCGAGGACAGCACCACCGCCUCGCCACCACCACUGCCCUUCCAGACCACGCACAGCUCCGGCACGGCCAAGCCCCCCUUCCAGCUCUCCGACCCGCGCCAGCAGCAGGAAGAGCCGGGGCUGGCCAGCAGCUCAGCGCCCAGCCGCUCACAGCCCGCCCUGGGCCUCCUCCCCGCCAUCGCUGCCGGCAUCACAGCCCCCUUCCUGGUGCACACCCUCGGGCUCUCCUGACCUCGGCCGCCCGCCUCCCUGCCGGGUGCAGAGAAAGAAGCCAGAGAAACCGACGGGAGGGUCUGCGGCCACACCCACGGCCCCUGCCACCACCUCCAGGGGUGCCGGACACCUCAUGGGUAGUCCAGACGGGAUCCGUUAGAACACUAGAGCUUUAUUGUACCCGAGUUACAUCUUCUUUUUUGUAGAAGGAUCUUAAUUUCCCAUAGUGCUAUGGGGCUGUUUUGUAAAAUAUGUGUCCAUAUUAAAAAAGGAAAAUGUAUUUAUUCUACUGAUAAAACUAUUUUUAUGUGGCCAAUGUUUAUAACACUUUAACUAGCCCCAUCGCCAACCCAGGAGGUGAACCCAGGUUGCCAGGACGUCUGCGACCUCAUGGGGACCGUGGCUUUGAACUGGCUUGCUUCUGGAUCAGCGGAAGACUCCAGCAACCAGGUUUGGCUUCCCCCACUGCGGGGACCUCAGAGGGAGGGGCAGGCAGACAGGCUUAGCUUUCGUGAAGCUGGAUUUGGGAGCCAGAGAUGUGAACGCUAACGGUCCUUCCUUCCCCUGGAUGCAUCCUGGGGCUGGGAAGGUACUUUAGGAAAGAGAAUGCUGCUAUUUUGAAAACCCUGAGUGUCUGUGAACUGGCCCUCCAGACCUCUUGGUAUGUGUUCCAGCCAAAGCACUUGGGUGGGGGAAGGGAUGUUGGUGCUGAAGGAAGUGGUCCCACAGCCCCAUGUGACACAUGGUUAAACUCGCCAAAGAGAGUAAGGUUGUUGCCCCAGGUCACAAAGCAAGUGGGAGAUCCGGGCCAUGAGUCCAGACCUCCCUGUUCUGGUAUCGUUAAUCCAGUUUGGCUUACAGGAGAGGCUGUUGAAGUCACGGCCAAGUGGAGUGAGCUGAGCCAAAGGACAGGAGUGGGCACUGAAGGGCAGUUUUAGAGGCAGGGCCUCUAGGAAUCCCAUGGUAAUGAUACUUGUAAUGAGAGCUGCCAUUUGUCCAGAGCCUGCAGUGUGGCAGGCAUUUUGCACAUUCACUUUAUCACAGAUCCUCACGCCAGUUCUGUGAGAUGUAAUCGGCCCCAUUUCACAGAUGAGGAAACUGAACCCCCAUAAGAGAUAAAGGGACUUGUUCAAUGUCACCCAGCCCGGACGUGGCCCUAGAUCAGUGUGAUUCAAAAGCAAUGCUUGUCUCCUAGACCAUAGUCUGUGGUGGUCUCUUUGCACAGGGAAUCUCCAAGGGAGGCAGGUCUCACCCAAAUGGGCCAGCUCACGCUUCUUACUCCAGCCAGAGAGACCACUUGGCUACAGUAAUCAUGUUGGUCCCUCUAGGGACCAAGGGCUCUGGCAACAGGCUCUCCCACGUGUCCCAUGUCCCGACUUGUCGUAUCUUGAAGCCGAUGAGAGGUUUUCAUGCCGAAUCAGAGAGGCUGGAGGAUAGCUGUGAUGGGCCUGGUAAGGCAGAGCAGCCAAAGAGGGGCAAGCAGGCCACUGAGACUCAGAGAAACUGACCAGCUUCUCUGUCCUCAAGGUGGUGGCUGAGAAGGCCGAGGACCCAGGUUAGUUGCCUCCCAGCCCUGAACCCUCACUGGGCUGGCAGUUCAUCAGUUACAGAGUCCCGGAACCCAAGAGCAGAAAGGGCCCCUCGUUUGACAGAUAAUAACAGUGAGAGUAAAAAUAAGGCCCAGAGAGGUGAGGCAUUUCCCCAAGGCUGCACAGCUGAGCAGGUCUGCUGACUCCCAGCUCAGUGCCCCCCAGCAUGACUGCACCAUGGGCUUCCCUGGCAGGCCUGGUAGUGUCUGAUUAGAAUCAGGGCCAUUGUGCCCAGCUUGGCAGCUGUCUCCCUUCUGAGACAGUAGAAUUCUGGGCAGCUCGUUGGAUGGUCAGAAGUCCCACAGGCAUCUUGGCAGGCAGCUGAAUUCUUUUUAGCUCUGACCCAGAUGGAUGUGUUUGAACUUGAGAUCUGGCAGGAGCCCUGAGCUCUGCUUCAGAGGGUCCAGCCAGCCCCAUGGGUACCACACUGUAAACUGAACUUGACCCCAGCCAAGGCUGGAGUCCGUUUAUCCUUGGCAGAAAUGUGACUUCCUAUUUCUGAGCAGGAAGGGGCUUAGCUGACUUAUAAAGCAGACUCAGAAGGCCUGCUGGACAUCAAAUACAUCGUGCAGAGUGCUAUUUGGAUGAGAUAAGUGUAAAGGAAUUAGAAACACACAGGCCAGAUUUCCCGCUGUUCAGGGCAGAGUGUGGCAUGAGAUGUAUUGAGAUGGAGCUUGAGGUUAAUUAAAGAUGAAGCAUUUGGUAAACAGUCCACGCAUCUGACCGCAUGCCCAGAUCUGUACCAGGCACGGGGCCAAAGAGGUAAAUUAAUGCAGUGUGUGAUUAUCAAACACACACAGUGCCAGGCUCUGUGUUGGGGCCAAAUCUAGCCGCCUUCCUUGGCCUAGAGGAACUCAUCAUCAAGAUGCAACAAGCAGCCCAAUCCUAGGUUCUUAGAAGGAACUUUAAAGGUCAUUCUGUCCAGGCCCGUGAUCACAGGCAGAUACCCCCAGAUCCCUCCUCUGGGCAGGUUGGGAGAUCCCAAACUCUCCCUCCACCAAGCACUCGAGUGUUUAAAGAAAGCCACGUGGGCAGCUGAUGGAUGGGCCAAUUGAUCAGGUAGACAUGUGCUGAUGGGACAGCCAGAGCCAGUGUGAGUUAGGCAGACGUCUGCAGCCUAAGUUCACUGGUCCCUGAGGACCACCCGCUGGCCAGGGUUUGAAAUGAACUGAACUUGCUGACGUACGUCGCAGAAGACCCGAGGCACAUGUACAGAAAUCUGCAUGGCUGGGGCACUUGAAUUCUCUCUUCCUGGGCCCGGGAACCAUCAUCCCAUCCACAGCCACUCACGUGCUUUGGAUGAUCUAUCCACCACUGCUGACAUUUUUUCCAGCACAUUCUGUGUGCCUCGCCUCAUAAAAUGCCCCUGUUGCUCUGAGAGCAUCGCGUCCACGUCUUAAGACUUUUACAUUUGACCUUGAGGCAGGCAGAGAAGAUCAAGGACUGAGAGCCAGCAUGUUAGUGGUGGCCCUGGGUCCCGUCUCUCAGGACGACUGACUAAAUGACCAAGGGGUUUUCUGGGUCAGGUCAGAAUGGCCCUGUCUCCUAAUCUCCCUCUGGGCUGUUCUGAGCACCAGCAACCCGGUGAAGGCAGGGAUGGUAAAGGUGUGUGUGUCAAGCUGCACGGAGCUGCAGAGGGCCACUGAGGGCCCCUCCGGCUCUGAGAGUCAAAGAUCUAGAGUCUAUGAAGCAUGGAAGCUUAUGCCGACCGGCAAGUUUGCCUUUGCACAGAAAAACUAUGACCGGAUUUUCCUCACACUAAAUGCUCUGUCACCCAGUCCCUGGCCUCAGCUAGAGUUGGGCUGGCCCAGGGACUCAGGACCCUUGUCCCACCUGCCCAGUCUCCAUCCUGGGGCCAUGAUCACAAGGGAUCCCAAAGAAAGGUCCUCCACCAAAGGGAAAGUAUAGGAAAAUGCCAUGAAGGACAAGAGAGGUUCUACCUGGGCAUUGCAGCUUUGCUGGUACCCUGUGUGGCAGAGAACAGAACUGGGGCUGGUGACGUGUUCCUCAGCCUGGCUUUCUACACCCUCCACAGUCAGACCCUGCUGACCAUGCCAGCCUCGCUUCUCAUCUCUCCCACUCUGUGCCUGGCCAGACUGAAGCAUAUUUGUCAUUUCCAGAAUAGACAGGAUGUUUCACACAUGCUGCUUCCUAGGCCUGGAAACGCCCUUCUAUCACCCUUAAUCGCUCAUCCUUUGAGGAUCAACUCAGAUAGCACCUCCUCCAGGAAGCCUUCUGUGUUGAGACCAUCUAUGCCUCUGUUCUCCUAUCAUACUGUGAGCUCCUCGAUGGCAAGGAUCAUGUGAAUUCAUCUUUGUAUCCUCAUCAGACAUAAAGGUGGCACUCAAGAGAUGUGUAGAGAGGGACGGAGGAAGAAAGGAAUGAAGGAAAGAAAGAAGAAGAGAGGCAGACCUUAACUCUGCUAGUGGAAUAGUCUUUGCAAAGCCAAAGCUGUGGGAAGAUGGCAGGUGCCCCUAGAAGUGCUGAGUUUCCCGUCAGGAGCAGUGUAUGAGCAGGGGCAGUAGCACACUGGCUGGAGACGUGGCAGGAGAGUUGAAGUCUUGGCAAGGGAGUGGGGUAGGGUCCCUCCUGGCUCUUUAAAGCUCAGGUUCUUUGGACAUUGUUAUUUUUCCAAAAAUUCAUCUAAGCAGCCAAAAAAAUCACCCGGCCUGGCUGUCUAAACCAGUAAGUUUCAGAAAUCAGUCCAGCCUCACCUCCCCGCCCGCCCCCCACCCCCUUUCUUCAACAGCCCAGCCGGGCCUGACGGGAAUUGGCAGGCUUGCCUGCUGCCCUGGGGCAGGGGGACUUCUAGGCAGUGGGGGAGGGCUGGACCGGAACCUAAGCCCCUGUUCCCAGCCCAGAGCUCCUUCCCUUCCUGCCCACCCCCGACCCUGGGGGAGAGAGAAGGGGGGUAUGAGAACUGACUGAGCCCUGCCUGGCCCUUUCCCGGGGGCAUCAGCACACCCUCAGCUCUUCCUGCUGUGUCUCCAAACGUGGGCUCUCCCUUGCCAGAGAUGCUCUAGAUACUCCUUCACGUUGCUGAGUGACCUGGGGCAAGUCCCUGCCCCUCUCUGAGCCUCUAUCUCUUCAUCUGUCAAGCAGAGACUUUGUUUCCUGCUUGGACUGUUCUAGGGGUCGGGGGGAGCCCCGGGGCUCCACAGUCUUGAGGCUCCACAAAGGUGAGGUGCCGCCCCCUCCCCAGGCCCAGUGCUCGGCUUUCCUCCCAGGACCUGUGGGCCGCCAUGGGACGGGGAGCAUGUGGCAGGCAAGGAAGGGAAAAGAGUAGCACGCCUCAAAGGGCCCCUCCAUCCCAAGUCCCAUUGCGGGGAAAGUGGGCUUUGAACAAGACCCAAGUCAAAGAAGUUUGCGGCGGGGCUCUCAGACAUCUUGGGCCCCCAUUGGCUGGGGCAGCAGGGGCUGAUUCUUGGCCAAGAGAUGUCCUAGGCCAGAGCAGGGGAAGCCAGAACCCCUGCCCCAUUCCUGGGCCUCAAAGAGACUGCAGGACGUCCUGGCCUGACUCUCACUGUGUGACACAAGCUUCAAAUCUUAAUGUAUUGGAAAGGUAUUCGUGCUGUUGUUCUUUCAAUCACCUCUUCCCCUCACCUCUGUGAAUUCUCAUGAAGAGUUCUUUAAGAAUAUAAUAGAAGACAA